AUGGCUUCACUAGACCAGACCCAUGGUGAUGUUGACUUCACAAAAGAACUAGUCCGGGCAUUGCUGAAUGAGAAGCUUGGUGAUGAGGGGAACGGCAAAGAACUAGCUGAGCAUAUUAACGACCUUAAGGAUUGCAUGAUGAAAUGGUAUGAGAAGAGUGAGAAAGCCCAUCUUCUUGAGGAGAAAAGACUUCAGACUUUAAUUGAUUCGGCUGUAAAGAAGUGCACUGAUAUUGAUGCGGAGAGGAAAAAGAAGGUAGAUGAGCUCAAUGCCAUGCAUUCGAACUUGAGACGAAGUAUAGCUGCUUUAGAAGAGGAAUUUGCAAAGGAAGAAUCAGAGAAGAUGGAUGCAAUUAUUAGUCUUAGAAGAGAAAGGGAAGCGAGGGAGGCUGCUGAGACGUUGCAAACUUCUCGCCUACUGAUGCUUCAACAGCUGGAGGAAGAGAAAUUAGCUGCUGAGCAGAGGGUUUCAGAACUUGAGGAUGAAUUUAAUCGCAAGUUAGAGUACAACAAGAGUCUAGAAGAGUACAAAAGCCAACUGGAAGCUGAUUUUAGUACACUGAAUGAGGCUCGCAAACGAACAGAAAUGGAGAGAUUGAGUAGCCAAAUCCAGGGGAAACUGAAUAUCGUUGAGAAGCUGAUGAAAUUAAUUAAAGGGGACGCUUGA